AAGACCCAUACGUAAUACACGCCAACGGCCCGGCCUCAUGCGAACAAGUGACUGUGUGUGUGUGUACCGUUCGUGUGUAUACCUCAUCACUAGCUAGAUAGAGAUAGCAAAAAUUUGCUGGACUGUAUACGGAACAUAAGCUUACGGAAGCAGAUACCAAACUCCUAACGUGACAUAUCCACGACCAGAAAAUCGCCUUUUUGGAUGAAAUGAUGGUUACCUCAUGAUCAACAAGACUCUUGGAUUGCUAUAAUUUGUGAAUUCGAAGAUGAGGCGGACUACCCAUCCAGGAAUUUCUCUCUUUUAUCUUCCCAAAGUAGGAUUAUUUCUGGUGGUAGUGAUCGCAACUUUGACGAGUUACUGUGUCAGUGGUACCAGUACGUGUAGUCCCAACCCAUGCAAUGGCGGAAGCUGUAUUCCUCCAGACACAGAAGAUGGAGAGGUGACAUGCCAGUGCGACACAUUACAUGCAGGGAGCCACUGUGAGUACAACAACCCAUGUUAUUAUGACGGCCUGUGCCAAAACGAUGGGGAAUGUGAGGUACAGUUCAACGACGACGGGAGCCAGCCUUCGUUCUCCUGCAAUUGUCUGCUCGGGUACGAAGAAAGUCUCUGCGAACGGGAGGUGGACAGCGUGUGCAAGAUGGAGCAGCCAUGCCAGAGCGGUGGCACAUGCCGGCUCACAACCUCCCUCUGGAACUAUGAAUGCUUCUGCACUCCAGCAAAAACAGGUGUCAAUUGCACGGAAGAAAACCACUGUGUGAGCAAUCCGUGCCUAAAUGGAGCCAUUUGUAUGUCAUCCAGUGGAGGUUACACUUGUGAUUGUGCUCAAGGAUUUGAGGGGGAGACAUGCUUUAACGACAUCAACGAAUGCACGAGACCUAACGGCCCGACUGUCUGCUUCAAUGGAGGUACCUGCCACAACCUGAUAGGGGGUUUCGAAUGUGAGUGCCCCCAGCAAUUCACUGGAGACCAAUGUGAAGAACUCUAUGAGCCAUGUUCACCUGAUCCCUGUAGGAACGGAGGCAUCUGCGCCUCUACUGGAAGCUACACCUUCAGCUGUACCUGCCGUAAUGGAUUCACUGGACAAAUGUGUGAGACGAAUCUGAACGACUGCACCCAGCACGGUUGUAUGAAUCGUGGAAGUUGCGUCGAUGGGGUCAAUGACUACUCCUGUUCCUGCCUCUCAGAGUUCACAGGUCUCCAUUGUGAGGAGGAUGUUGAUGAAUGCAACACCCCUAUCAAUCCCUGUUUCAAUGGGGCUACCUGCGCAAACACCUUUGGUAACUUCUCCUGCGUGUGUGUCGCUGGAUGGGAGGGGCGAUACUGCGAGAUCAACAAAGAUGACUGCACCCCAAACCCCUGCACCAAUGAAGGAGUGUGUACGGAUGGAGUGUCAACAUUCAUGUGCACCUGCCCACCGGGGAAGACAGGUCUUCUAUGCCAUCUGGAUGAUGCGUGCCAAAGCAACCCGUGCCAUCAAACGGCAGUGUGUUCCACCUCCGUCCAGGACGGUUCCUAUUUGUGCGCCUGUGCCGCUGGCUACCAGGGCUUCAACUGUUCAGUGGAUGUUGAUGAGUGCAGCCUAGGUGCAAUAUGUCAAGUGGGAGGCACAUGUCGGAAUUUAGUAGGUAGCUACGAGUGCCUUUGUGAUGAAGGGCUUACCGGGGAGCGCUGUGAACAGGAUAUUGAUGAGUGUCUUGAAGAUCCCUGCAGCAAUGGAGGAACUUGCUACAAUAGCCGAGGCAGUUAUCAGUGCGUCUGUCUAGCAGGUUUUAUGGGCAAGAGCUGUGAAAUCGAAAUCAACGAAUGCGCAAGCAAUCCCUGCUACAAUGGUGGCUCUUGCCGCGACUCCAUCGGUCGGUAUUACUGCGACUGCAUGCCUGGCUACACAGGAACUAGCUGUCAGGUGGACGUCAAUGAGUGUGCGUCAUCGCCCUGUGAAAAUGGAGGGACGUGCCUGGACGGUGUCAAUCGGUUCUCUUGCUUGUGUGAGACAGGUUACGAGGGUCCCUUCUGUGAAGUGGAGAGUUACGAGUGUGAAAGUUCUCCCUGUAUGAACGGAGGAACUUGCGUAGAUUUGGUUGGAUUCUACCAAUGUCAGUGUCCUAAUGGAACAGCAGGAGACAACUGCCAGCAUAAUACCUUUGAGUGUGCUUCCAACCCCUGCCUCAAUGGUGCAACUUGUGUGGACGACAUCAACAAGUACACCUGUAGGUGUCGUGAUGGCUACAGUGGACCGCAUUGUGAGAACAAUAUUGAUGAGUGCGAGAGCAAUCCUUGUCACAAUGGUGGUAUAUGCGUAGACGAAGUCAACGGCUUUCGCUGUCAAUGUCCCGUGGGAUAUCACGACCCCUUCUGCAUGUCCGACAUCAAUGAGUGUUACAGUCUGCCUUGUACUAAUGGCGGAUCCUGCCGGGAUGGUGUCAACGAAUACAGCUGCGACUGUCUGGCAGGCUACACCGGUACCCAGUGUGAGGCUGACUUUGACGAGUGCUCUUCCAACCCUUGUCAGCAUGGUGGUGCUUGCGACAAUGGACUCGCUUUCUACAACUGCUUGUGCACGGCGGGAUACACUGGCCAGAACUGCGAGAUGAACAUUGAUGACUGUGACACGCGGCCGUGUCUGAAUGGAGGGACUUGCAUCGACGGGGUGAAUACCUUCCAGUGCGUGUGUCCCCAGAUGUUCGUAGGACCACUCUGCGAGGUGGAAAGGUCUCCCUGCGAAGACAACGAAUGUGAGAAUGGCGCUACUUGUGUACACUCUGAGGACUAUGCAGGAUACUCUUGUAGAUGUACCAGUGGGUUCCAAGGUAACCUCUGUGAAAUCGACCGCAACGAGUGUCAUCUCUUCUCCCCUUGUCGGAACGGCGGCACAUGCACCAAUCUUGAGGGAACCUUUGAGUGCACCUGUGGUCCCGGUUACGAGGGCACCAUCUGUGACGUCAACAUAGACGAGUGUGCACCAGGACCCUGCACCAACGGGGGAGUCUGUACCGACGGCACCGGGGACUACACCUGCUCCUGUCAACGGGGAUUCACGGGCAAAAACUGCCAACACGACACCGACGAAUGCCUCAGUUCUCCCUGCAUGAACGGUGCCUCCUGUCAUGAAUAUGUGGACAGCUACACCUGCUCUUGCCUUGUUGGCUUCAGUGGCAUGCAUUGCGAGAUUAAUGAUCAGGACUGCACGGACAGCUCUUGCCUUUACGGGGGCACCUGCAUCGAUGGCGUCAACAGCUACGCGUGCGAGUGCAGUGCCGGGUACACCGGGUCAAACUGCCAGAUUCAGAUCAAUGAAUGUGAUUCCAAUCCCUGUGACAAUGGAGCAACUUGCCUGGAUCGCUUUGGCUCCUACUCUUGCCACUGUGAUGUGGGCUUCACGGGCCUGAACUGCGAGUCUGUCGUUAACUGGUGCAGCCCUCAGAACAACCCUUGCUACAAUGGAGCUAACUGCGUUGCAAUGGGUCACCUGUAUGAGUGUCGCUGUACAUCCAAUUGGAUUGGAAAGCUGUGCGAUGUACCAAAGGUGUCCUGUGAUAUCGCAGCCUCUGGUAAAAAUGUGUCUCGGAGUGAGCUAUGUUUGAACGGAGGAACCUGCAUAGAUGCAACAAGCACAGCAAGCAGUCACUCCUGCUUGUGCCAAGACGGCUACACAGGAUCCUAUUGUGAAGUUGACAUUGACGAGUGUGCUUCAGCUCCAUGCCACAAUGGUGGUACGUGCACAGAUGGUGUAAACAGCUACACGUGCUCCUGCCUGCCUGGUUUUGAGGGUCCUCAGUGCAAGCAGAACAUUAAUGAAUGUGCCUCCAACCCCUGCCAUUAUGGUCAGUGCCACGACAUGGUCAACGGCUACACCUGUUCAUGUCCUGCCGGUACCCAAGGUACGGACUGUUCCAUCAACCUGGACGACUGCUACGCCGGAGCCUGCUACCAUGGGGGAGUGUGUGUGGAUCAAGUAGGCACAUACACCUGUGACUGCCCUCUAGGGUUCGUCGGCCAGCACUGCGAAGGUGACGUCAAUGAGUGCCUUUCAGACCCUUGUGAUUCUACAGGAAGCCAGGACUGUGUUCAACUCAUCAAUGACUAUCAAUGCAUCUGCAAACCUGGUUAUACUGGUCAAGAUUGUGAGCAAGAAAUUCCCAAUUGUCGGGACGAUCCUUGUCAGAACAGCGGAACAUGCUCACCAAGUGAUGAAGGUUACUUCUGUGACUGCCUUAUAGGUUUCAGCGGAGUCCACUGUGAAACCAGGCUCACAUCCUGUGGCACCCUCCCUUGCCAGAACGAAGGCACCUGUGUGGAAUAUAUGCCAGACUCUGACGAUUACACUUGCAUCUGCCCUUCCGGCGUCAGCGGUGACAACUGUGAGAUCGACUACAACGAGUGUGGCUCCUCGCCCUGCAUCAAUGGAGGCACUUGCCUGGACGAGUACGGCCAGUACCGCUGCGACUGCCCGGCAACAUGGAACGGUCACAAUUGCCAGUUGUUUGACUCGACGUUUGCGGGAGGCAUUGGAAUGGACCCAGUGAUCCUAACUUCACCUCCAGAGACAACUCUAGCGGUCGUGCCUACCACCACAGAGUCACCUAGGUGCUCUCAGGAAUGCCUGCAGAGGAAGGGAAACUCUAUUUGCGAUGAUCACUGUAACACCCAUCUCUGCGAAUGGGACGGCAAAGACUGUUCCUUGAACCUGGAUCCAUGGGAGAACUGCACCGCUCUCAACAUCCCUUGCUGGAACUACUUUGGAGAUGGCAAGUGCGACAGAGAAUGUAACACUCAGGGAUGUCUCUUUGAUGGCUUUGACUGUGCAGAUCAGAAGCCAGAAGAGUGCAUGGACAACAAAUUUUGUCUGGAGCGCUACGGGAAUGGGUUCUGCGAUGAGCAGUGUAACAACAUUGGUUGUCUGUACGAUGGACUGGAUUGCGAGGAGAUCCCGGAGUAUGCCCAUGGUGUGCUCAUCGUCUACGUCAUCAUCGACUACCAGGAGAUGCUCACCGUCAACAGGUCCCAGAUGUUCCUUCAAGACAUGAGUGUUGUUCUGAACACCGUCGUCCUCUUUGCCCCGACGGCCGACAACCAGAACAAGAUCGAGCCUUGGGAGAGCGAUCCGAGAGCCGUCCGAGCACCCGUCAAGAGGGAUGUACUGGUCGUUAGCGGAGAUGGAAGACUGACUGUAGAGAAAAGGGAGGUUAACUCGAACUCAGAUGAUGGCUCUAAAUGUUUCCUGUUGCUUGACAACCACAAAUGCCACAUUGACCGGCCUGGCAACUGCUUUGAGGAGGCAGCGGAUGCCGCAGCGUACCUGGCAGCUCUGGUCACCAACGAGCUUCUCCCGAUAAGUUUACCCAUCGUGGGAGUCGGAAGUGAAACUCCGUCUUCCGGGCCCGGUCUGAGUGUGAAUGUUCUGAUAGCUCUUGCUAUCAUUGGAGCAUUUGUGCUUGCCGCCCUGUUGGUGAUUGCACGGAAGCGGUUGAGGACCAACGGGACGUGGUUCCCCAGCAACUUUGUCCGCACAUCGUCCACCAAGUCGGAAACACAGAAAGCCACCAGGGAGUGUCCAAUCGGCAACGAGUCCCCUCCGUCCACUAUCUGCUCGUCCAUAGAUGCUGGUGAAGAUGCCAUGAAUGCCUUGGACUACCGAGGUGCCAAGAGACAGAGAAUCUCCCAGCAUAGUCCGACCAGCACCCUCUAUGGCCAGGGUCACACAACCUUAGAGAUGGACUCUCAGUGGACCACCCUGACUAGCAACAGACUACCGCACCCAUCCAUGGCUCUCACACCUCCCCGGGACCAAGAACCCUCGCUCAUCAUCAACAAGGGUCCCGACGGCCUUACCCCUCUCAUGCUGGCCGUCAUGCGGUCAACGACCGUAACCAGCGACCAGGAGGAGGAGGCCAAUGCCCACUUCAUUGAGGACCUCAUCACCAGGGGGGCGGACAUCAACAACCGGACGGAGACGAGGGGCGAGACCGCGCUCCACUUGGCGGCAAGGUUUAACCUUCCGGUGGCUGCGAGGAAACUCCUGGAGUAUUCGUCGAACACAAAUGCCGAGGAUAACAUGGGAGAGACACCACUGCAUGCUGCUGUCAGGGCCGAUGCCAUUGAAGUCUUCAGGCUGCUGAUUCAGAACAGGUCCACCCAGAUCGAUGCUAAGACCAAGGCUGGCUUCACCCCUAUGAUCAUUGCUGUCAGACUCGUGGUAGACAACAUGGUGGAAGAGCUCGAACUCGCAGGCGCUGACAUCGCAGCCACAGAUAAUGAUGGUCGAUCAGCACUAAUGUGGGCCGCGGCUCUCAACCACUUACCGGCUCUUGAGUUCCUCCUCAAGAAGGGUUCCAACAAGGACUUGCAAGACAAUCAGGAACAAACGCCUCUGUUCCUCGCUGCCAAAGAGGGCCAUGUGGACGCCGUGAAAAUGCUCCUGGAUCACGGAGCAAACCGGGAGAUCACGGACCAUCUGGACAUGUCUCCGAGAGAGAUUGCCAAUAGGAUGCGCCUCCACAAUGUGGUUCGUCUCUUAGACACCUACAGCAUGAUGAGUCCUGCUCUCACCCCCAACAGCCACGUGACCAGUCCAAUGGACAUGCACAACGGAGAGCUGGUUGCAAAUGGCUACUCCAACGGAGCCAAGCCUAAGAAAAAGCGGGGCACGAAAAAUGGAGAUCGGGAUGCGCGAAGAGGAGAAUCAAAACGAAAGGGGAAGAAGCGGCCUAAUUCGGAUGAGUCUCUGCCGCCACCGAUGCCAUCGCCACCUGACUCGGUGGAAUCGCCUCUGGGCUAUAAUAGGACUCCACCUCCCGGAGGUAUUUAUUCGUUGCCUGUGACGAAGCAGAAUGUGAUGAUGCCGCAAGAUCAUUAUCAGUUGAAGGAGGUCGGGAGGCAUGGGCAAGGGCCACACGUCGUGGACAUGCGCCCGAACAUGAACGGUAGAUUGUAUAGCUCCGGGAAUAACCCAAGCCCAGCUAAGGGGUCGAUGGGAGCAGAGAAGAUAUGGCAACAAAAUGGCAUGUCAAUGCAUGUGCCUGACUCCUCGCAGGUCCUGGUCCAAGGCAACACCUCGCAGCAGCCCAUGGCAUUGAUCAGGCAGCAGGGCCCCAGCACACAGUCCCUACAGCAGACCAUGAGUCCAGAGGCCUGUGAUACCAGCCCUAAACCUUGCACUGCAGUUCCCAGUCCCGCCCUAUCCACCCAAUACAACAUGGCUUCCAGCCCUAAUCUCCCUGUAACAACCAGCCAAGCAACUCAAUACGCCAUAGCCAACAACAUGUACGCCGGCAGCCCCCAUCGGGGCACAGUACCUCAACAGAUGCAUAGUAUGUAUCAAAACCAAAGGAUGAAUCCUAAUGCUUGUAUCAGUGAACUGCCAAAUGGCCAUCCCAACUCGCCGGAGAACUGUAUGCCAGAAUACAUUAUAAGAGAAGAACUCUUAAACCCUGCCAAACAGAACAUGUAUUUGUUAAAUGCACCAAAGUUGUCAAACGGCCAGCACAGAGACGCCAUGUCGGAGAAGACGUCAUUCUCGAAUCAACACAGCCACAAUGGGAGCACGAUGGACCCCUCCUGUACGUACGCCAUGGCGAUGACAGAUCACUCGACCUUCCCGACGCCCUCGCCGGAAUCCCCAAGCAAGUGGUCCAAUCCAUCUCCAAUCUCAGCGUCGGAUUGGUCCGGGUCAGAGGCCAUCUCUAGCCCGCCUGUCCCUACCAACCAGCAGCAGAUGAAUGGACAAGAGUUACUCAACGGGCACACCGGCAGGUUAAUGAACGGCAUCGACUUACAAGGAGGAGCCUGCACAGGAGUUACAUAUAUCUAAAAAACAAACAAACAUGCUUAUUGCCAAGUGAUAGACUCUGUUGGGAGAGAGAGAAAUACAAAGGAAAAGCAACUUUGAAGUACAUUCUGACUAUAUUGUUAUAAUGAUUGGAGCAGCAAGUUGGGGCAACCGCUGUAAAAUGUUCGCAGAGGUGAUCGUCACAUUAUUUGUAUGGAGAUUGAAGUCCAGUACUUUUUUAUUGAAAUAUGCUUCCGUAAUGCUUGGUUAAAGCUGUUCAAAAAAAAAAAGGAGAAAAAUCAUCAUCUUUGUUGAUGAUAUUCUCUCCAGAUCCCUUUCCUGAAACACACAUUCCAAUGUUUGUUUGACCAAAUACAUGUGAAAAACCAACAGGGCAUUCCUGACAUUCUUCGGACCAAAAUCAUGGUUUUGUAUCCAAACAACAUUCUCGUUUUCAUUUGAUUAGUAACUCUAAUCAAAGUCUUCAUGACAAGACAUUCCACAUGGAGCACAGUCGAUUAGAUUCUGGACCACUUUUCAGACCAAAUAUCACAAAUGUGUUUUGUUCAUUUUUCCUUGUCGUAAAAUGGAAGGCCUUACUAUGCAUUUCUGUUUGACAUGAACAAUGUUUGAGAUGUUGAUGGAUCCCUAGGGUUGUUUGUAACUUGAAGAUUUUUUUUCUUCUUCAAACACAAGUAUUAAAUAUUAUAUGUACUGAACGGAAAGCUGCCAUUUCAAUAAAAAAUGUUCUUAUUUAUGCACAAAACUAUGUUUUGGAGUAGUUCUGGCUCUGUGUAUUUGAAAUGACUACGAUAUGAUAAUGUACUAUUUACAACGAGGCUGUGUACUGCGAAUAUAAACGUACUAGUGAUGUUGACAAAGUACUUAAAUUUUACCAUGCACUCUGUACUUAUAUUGUUCUAUGCGAGUAUGCGUUACUACCGAAAUAUCAUUUCAUUGUUGAUUUGUACAUGUAUAAAUGUCAUGUAAGUUAAUGUAUAUUAUCCAACUGCCACAAACAUACUAUGUCAAUGCUUUUUAUAGGUGAAAGACUGAUUAUUUUGUUAUUAUUAUAUAAUAUAGAAGAUAUUUUUUAAGUAUCAUGUAUUGUAAAUUAGGGCAAUUAUGUAUAUUGAAUGGAAUUGAUUGAUUCGUCUGUCAUUAUAUCAGAAAUUCUUUUUCAUAGCAAAGGACAUGUCACAACACAAUCAUCCAUAAUGAUGAAGUGUACAAUGAUAAAUUAUGUGUUUUUUUUUAAACAGAAGAAAAUCGAAAUGAGGUUUUAAGGAAGUUACAAAACCAACACACAAAACACUUUGGAAAAUGGACUUGUUGAAUAGGGUCAAAAAUGGUAUUGUCUACAAUGCCAUUUUUUUCCUCUUAAAGAACAUCAUCUGAUUUGCCUUUGUGCAUAAUAAAUGAGUAUCUUUGUUCCAUUUUAGUUGAAUGUUACUGUUGUGAUGAAUGCAUACUAAUAGGCUGGAAUGGGAUGAUCGUUCUCUACCCCUUUCAAAUUUUCUUUUCAACCUCGAAACUUUUAUGUGUAAAUUAUCAAAUUGUGCCUUGUUCUCGAGGGAUUAAGGUCUGCAGAAGCUGCAAAAACAAGCAAUAUUUUUAGUGGUACUGUGUACUUUGAAACCAACAAACACAAAAUGUAAAGUCAAUUUAUAUACUCUUCAAAUAAUAGAUUUCCAUCAUUAUUUACCUCAAAUAGGAAAUGGCUUGUAUCAUAAAAUUUGUAAUAAGUUUUGAAAUAUGAGCUGUUCACAUAUUUAGUGAUUUUGGUCAAAGUUCUUUCCUAUCAACAUCAUAAGAUAAAAAUGUAAUCCAAUUUUUAGUCGGUAUUGUUUCUCUCCCGUCUUUUCUAUCUCUGUAAUAUGUAACAUUUGACGCCCUUUUUAAAGUGCCUAUAUAUGUGUAAAUAACUGCAAUUGUACUUAAAUGCUUUUUUAAAGAAGAUGACAACUCUUAUAAGUAAAUAGUUUUUGUUCAUGUUUCUGAUGGGGAUAUGGAAGUAUUGUAUGCAACCACCACUAAUGGAAAAUCAUAAGUAUUUUCCUCUUUUGUUUAAAUGACGGCCUUGUUUUGUAUUCAAAAAGAGCUCCCUGUUAUGAAGUAUGAUUUUUUUUAAAUAAAUAAGUGGCAAAGCUGAUUUGGCUUUUUUCUGAGCUAUGACGACUGUAGAGUGGUAAUUUUUGUAUAUUUGUAUAUGUAAAUUAUGUUAUAUUAUAUAUAGUAUCUCCUAUGUUUUGUAUCGCUGUUGUAAUUUCGGAAUUUCCAGUACACGACGUAGCUGUCGGGAGAGUACUCGUUGUAAAUUGUAACGUAGAUGAUGAAAAUGUGGAACUUAUUUAUCCGAGAGUGGGAGUCUUUUGGAGGCAUGGAAACUUCUUCACAAAUUAAAAUGGAACAGGGUAGAUGAACAGAAAAACUUUCCCCAACCACUUUUGUUUUAAAAUCUGAAAAAAUAUUUGGUUUGUUUUGUAUCUUUAUAACAGUUUCCCAAUUCAUAAACAUUUUUAUUUUUAUGUAAGUGAAAUUUUAUAUCCAAGAUAUGAUUUUUUUUGUUAAUCACGUCAAUCAAUCAGAAAAAUUAGUAUUUAUUUGAAAUGUAUGUGCAUUGAUAAUGUGCAUUUAUAUCUUGAUAAUGGACAGGAUUUUUGUAUACUCUGGCACUGAUGAAAGCAUUUUAAUAGACAUUGUCAACAAAGAUUUUUGAAGAAAUCCUCAACAAUAUUAAAUUUGAAAGAGGGUGAGAGCAAGAUUAAAUCUUAUAUAAAUAUAAGGCAAGAAGGUACAUUGAUCCUGUCUUGCUUAAUAAGGAAUAUGCCAUUUUUUUGGAAGAUGUACAUGUACAUUCUUAUACAUGCAAACUGAAAACUUUCAAACGUGCCUUCACUGCCAAUAUACCUUGUAUUUGUGAUUUUGUGUUCAUGUUUUUGUAUUGCAUUAGAAAUGCCCCUGGAAAGUCUCGUUGCAUAUUUAGUAUUUCCUUGUUUUAAUGUUAAACGCAAAGUUUCUUGAUCUUCUGCUAAUGUUACAUUUUCUAGCAGUUUAUAUAUCUUUUAAAAUUUUGUGUUGAUUUCACUUGUGUCAGUUUAAGAUACCUUUUAAAAUAUGUUAGUUUUUAAUUGAAAUCCUUAUGAUAAUUACUAUUAGAAGGCUCAGAUAUCUUUCACCUUGGAUAAUUUCACUAAUAUCAAAACACCAAAUUUUGACAGCUGUAUAUUUAUAACAGCAUAAAUGGAUCCACUUUUUGCACUAGUCAUCCAGCAUCUUUGUAGCAAAUAUUGUAACUCCACUUCACAAUUCUUUGUAAAGAUGUAAGAAUGUACCAUAUCUCAUUCGAUUCCUAUGUUAACAAUAUUUGGUUUUCAUUUGCCAAACUCUAAACCAAACAUCUCAAUUUUUUAAUACAUGCUGUCAUCUAAUUUUUAAAACCUGUUUGAUGUACAUGUUUUGAUUUAAUCAAUUUUUAAAUUGCCAAAUGACUGUCCGUUAUUUGAUGUCCUUUUGACCCUGUUUUACCUUGAAUCAUAGUUUUUUUUUUAAUUCUUCUUACUGAUAAGACACCUUGUUGAAAUCUCGAAUCUAAAUGACUUACACCUUUAAUGCUGUUGUAGAAUUGUAACAACCAUGUUCUGUUUCGAAGUACAUGAGGGUGUUUCAUCUCCAGGUUUAGAACCAAGUUUGAUUUUGACAGCUGUAAGUUUGACUGUGGCUUCGUCUUAAAAUCUAUUUGUUUCAAUACUUUGUGAAGCGCCCCCAUGGUUUCAUUAUGCAGUGUUAGUUUGGUUGAAAGGCCCCAAGGCUAUAAAUGCUUUGAGAAAAUGUAAUGUGCACUUCAGUUCUUUAAAUCCGUAAAUUUUUUUACCUUCUGCUCGAUUAUCUGCUUAAUCUCUUUGUGAUCUUAUUUGAGGGCUAUAUUUAUAUGAGUUCUUCUGGGACAAAUGCUAGUUGUUGAUUCAUACUCAUACAUGAUUACAACGUGCCAUGCUAGAUGGUGUAUUAUUGUUAUGAUGAUUAUCAUAGGCCAAUCAUUUUGUUAUACACCCAUCAUCCUAUCUUGUUUACCUGUAUUUUUUUGUGAAGGGUUGUCAAUAAAGUAUCUGGAUAUUCAGAUGAUUUUAGAUGAAAGCUAAA